AUGGUCUGCAAAUUGGGAUGCAUUAGAAAAGGGCCAAAACCUCUUAGCCCAGACCCGGAAACCAUUGACAUUUUGAGCAUGAUUCCACAGAAAUUUGAGAUGGAUUCCAAUGUCUUCGACAGUGACCGCAUAACAAAUAUUACACCACUACAUUUCAUGAUGCAAAGUGAAAUAGAUAGAAGAAUGAAAAGGAAAUUAACAUUCAAUCAUAUGAAUGAUAAUACUCUUAUACACACAACCAAACGUAAGGAAAGAGACUUAACCAGAGAACUCAAUCAUGUUCUUGUCGCUUGCGUAAAGGACAUAAAAAUGAAAAAUAUGACAGAAGCUCAUACUUUUAUUAAAGAGGAACGCAAUUUAAAAACCAAAAAAAUAUUAUUGGAAAAAGAAGAAAUGCAGCUUCGUGUUUAA